UUCUGGAGGCCUGCCUUGCCCCGGGAGCUCUAGGGCAGGAGUUCCCAUCUUCCUCAUCUGUAGCAGGGAGGUAAUGCUCGGUGCCCCAUCUUCCCCCAGGAGCUAUCUUGGGCACGCUGAUCACGGGUGCCUGACUGACAGACGUCCUUGCCCCCAGGGAGCUGGUGUGGACAGAGGAGGGGCGUGCUGGUCACCAUGACAACAGAGACAGGCCCUGAUUCUGAGGUGAAGAAGGCUCAGGAGGAAGCCCCACAGCAGCCUGAGGCCGCUGCUGCUGUGACCACCCCUGUAACCCCCGUGGGCCACGGCCACCCGGAGGCCAACUCCAAUGAGAAGCAUCCGCCCCAGCAGGACACCCGGCCUGCUGAACAGAGCCUAGACAUGGAGGAGAAGGACUACAGUGAGGCUGACGGCCUCUCAGAGAGGACCACUCCCAGCAAGGCCCAGAAAUCGCCCCAGAAGAUUGCCAAGAAAUACAAGAGUGCCAUCUGCCGGGUCACUCUGCUCGAUGCCUCCGAGUAUGAGUGUGAGGUGGAGAAACACGGCCGGGGCCAGGUGCUGUUCGACCUGGUCUGUGAGCACCUCAACCUCCUGGAGAAGGACUACUUUGGCCUGACCUUCUGUGAUGCCGACAGUCAGAAGAACUGGCUGGACCCCUCCAAGGAGAUCAAGAAACAGAUCCGGAGCAGCCCCUGGAAUUUUGCCUUCACAGUCAAGUUCUACCCCCCGGACCCUGCCCAGCUGACAGAAGACAUCACAAGAUACUACCUGUGCCUGCAGCUGCGGGCAGACAUCAUCACAGGCCGCUUGCCCUGCUCCUUUGUCACACAUGCCCUGCUGGGCUCCUACGCCGUGCAGGCUGAGCUGGGUGACUACGAUGCCGAGGAGCAUGUGGGCAACUAUGUCAGUGAGCUCCGCUUCGCCCCUAACCAGACCCGGGAGCUGGAGGAGAGGAUCAUGGAACUGCACAAGACGUACAGGGGCAUGACCCCAGGUGAAGCAGAAAUCCACUUCCUAGAGAACGCCAAGAAGCUUUCCAUGUACGGAGUAGAUCUGCACCACGCCAAGGACUCUGAAGGCAUCGACAUCAUGUUAGGUGUCUGUGCCAAUGGCCUGCUUAUCUACCGUGACCGGCUGAGAAUCAAUCGCUUUGCCUGGCCCAAGAUUCUCAAAAUUUCCUACAAGAGGAGUAACUUCUACAUAAAGAUCCGGCCUGGGGAGUAUGAGCAGUUUGAGAGUACAAUUGGCUUUAAGCUCCCAAACCACCGGUCAGCCAAGAGACUGUGGAAGGUCUGCAUCGAGCAUCACACGUUCUUCCGGCUGGUGUCCCCUGAGCCCCCACCCAAGGGCUUCCUGGUGAUGGGCUCCAAGUUCCGGUAUAGUGGGAGGACCCAGGCACAGACCCGCCAGGCCAGUGCCCUCAUCGACCGGCCCGCACCCUUCUUUGAGCGUUCCUCCAGCAAACGGUACACGAUGUCCCGCAGCCUUGAUGGAGCAGAGUUCUCCCGCCCAGCCUCAGUCAGCGAGAACCAUGACACAGGGCCUGACGGAGACAAGCAGGAAGAGGAUGGCGAGUCUAGGGGACGGCGGUCAGAGACUGAGGAGGGAGAGGUCAGGACCCCCACCAAGAUCAAGGAGCUAAAGCCGGAGCAGGAAACCACGCCAAGACACAAGCAGGAGUUCUUAGACAAGCCAGAGGACGUCUUGCUGAAGCACCAGGCCAGCAUCAAUGAGCUCAAGAGGGCCCUGAAGGAACCCAACAGCAAACUGAUCCACCGGGAUCGUGACUGGGAGCGGGAGCGCAGACUGCCCUCUUCGCCUGCCUCUGCCUCCCCUAAGGGCACCCCUGAGAAAGCCAACGAGAGAGCAGGGCUGAGGGAGGGCUCGGAGGAGAAAGUCAAACCACCACGACCCCGGGCCCCAGAGAGUGACACAGGAGAUGAGGAUCAGGACCAGGAGAGGGACGCAGUGUUCCUGAAGGACAACCACCUGGCCAUUGAGCGCAAGUGUUCCAGCAUCACGGUCAGCUCCACGUCCAGCCUGGAGGCUGAGGUAGACUUCACGGUCAUUGGCGACUACCAUGGCAGCGCCUUCGAAGACUUCUCCCGCAGCCUGCCUGAGCUUGACAGAGACAAAAGCGACUCCGAAACAGAGGGCCUGGUGUUCUCCCGGGAUCUCAACAAAGGGGCCCCCAGCCAGGACGAUGAGUCUGGGGGCAUUGAAGACAGUCCGGAUCGAGGGGCCUGCUCCACCCCGGAUAUGCCCCAGUUUGAGCCUGUGAAAACAGAAACCAUGACUGUCAGCAGUCUAGCCAUUAGAAAGAAGAUUGAACCAGAGGCUGUACUGCAGACCAGAGUCAGCACUGUGGAUAACACCCAGGUUGAUGGGAGUACCCCGGCAGGGAAGGAGUUUUUGACAACUACUCCCUCCAUCACCACAGAGACCAUAUCAACCACCAUGGAGAACAGUCUCAAGUCCGGGAAGGGGGCAGCUGCCAUGAUCCCAGGCCCACAGACGGUGGCCACGGAAAUCCGUUCUCUUUCUCCGAUCAUCGGGAAAGAUGUCCUCACCAGCACCUACGGCGCCACCGCGGAAACCCUCUCCACCUCCACCACCACCCAUGUCACCAAAACUGUGAAAGGGGGGUUUUCUGAGACAAGGAUCGAGAAGCGAAUCAUCAUUACUGGGGAUGAAGAUGUUGAUCAAGACCAGGCCUUGGCUUUGGCCAUCAAGGAGGCCAAACUGCAGCAUCCUGACAUGCUGGUAACCAAAGCUGUCGUAUACAGAGAAACAGACCAGUCCCCAGAGGAGAGGGACAAGAAGUCACAGGAAUCCUGACCUCUGUGAAGAGAUGCUGGCAUUUCUGGUCCAACCCAAGCCAGAGAACCAUUAAGAAGGGGCCUUCACUCUGGAUUCUCCGACACAACACCGACGUCCCAGCUGCGACGUACUGUCACUGAUGAGAGACUGGGAAGGGAAAAGCAUAUAUAUAUAUAUAUAGAUAUAUAUAGAUAGAGAUAUAUAUACAGGAAACACCGCGUCCUUGCACUGCUGCUUGGGCUGGCAGAGCUGUCGGCCAACAGCACCAACCAACAUCUGAAUACCUACAUUUCCUUUGCAGACACAUUGAAGAUUGGUGGGAUUUCUCGGGGAAAAAAAAUUAUAAUAACCAGAGUCCCUUGCUCCUCCUUUUCCCCUGCUGAACAACAAAAGCAAGCCAGACCACGGUGAUUGGAGAAGCGCCUUCCCACCCUGGCUCCACACGCUGCAGUUAGUGGACGAGCAUUCCAUUUGUGCUCAGCAUCUGUUGCCCACUUGAAUGCAAAGGAAAACACUGCAGCAAAGCAAGAGAAGUCGCAGCAGCAAGACACGCACAGUCAACCGUUUUCUGAGAAAGAAGGAAAAUUCCCUGCGUGGAAAAGAGGAGGAGGAACACUGGAUUAUUAUUUUCUGGGUCUUGACACUGGGCUGCAAAAUCCACCUUCCUUUCUUCCACCACCCUCACCCUUGACUCUCACUCGUCUUGUCGUCAUUUUCUGUCUGGGCUCCCUCCUCCCCCUCCCCCCUCGCCCUCUGUGUCCUGGUCCUACGAGGGCCACUGCAGAUGACUCUCCUUUGAAAUGAGGAAAAGAAAAGAAAGCAAAAACAGAAAACUAAGCCACAGGAAGGGAAGUAGACAUUGUACGCUUAUGGUUUCUCAUUAUGAAGGUGCAGCUUGUAGGAGAUUUGUAUGGAUGUGCUUUUAAGUUAUGUAUAUGAUAUAUAACAGGAAACAUAUUAAAAUAAACAGUGCUGGUAAGUAUGAAGCUGACAUUUAAAAAUU